AUGUCGUAUUGUAGAGACGAGGAGAACGGCAAAGACAAGGUCGUGUUUCUGACUGAAGAGGACAACGACGAGUUAUUACAACAGAGCAGUGCCGUGCUAGAAGCAGAUGAUGGCGUUGAGGAGGUCGAUCCUGAUGACCAGCGUACGGCUAUUGGACCGGAUGGCGAGAUAGACUGGGACUGUCCGUGUUUGAAGGGCAUGGCACAUGGCACUUGCGGACAAGAAUUCAGGGACGCCUUUUCGUGUUUUGCCAAGAGUGAAGCCGAACCGAAGGGCAUGGACUGUGUGGAUGCCUUUGAGUUGAUGCAGGGUUGUAUAAAGGCACAUCCGGAGGAGUACGGACAGUACGACAGAGAUAAUGACGACGAUGAUUUGGACGAGCAAGUGGGAGCAGAAGGCGCGGCUGCUCCCAGCACAGAGACAAAGGCAGAGGAAACACCCGUAGAGUCUAAACAAUAG